CGGACACUGAAUCCGAGAGCUCAGGGAGAAGGGCAGUGUGGGGCAACUGCAGACUGAGCGUGGAAACUUUCUAUACAGAGCUCUGGGACUGAGAGACAGUGGGACGCUGUUACAAUGUCUGUCUUCAGCACGGCGAUCCUUUCUCUCGGGAUCUUAAUAUUCACUUCGCCAGCAAACGGGGCCCAAGGAUCAGUGCCCAUGUCAAUCAACUGUACCACCAGAGGUGCUUACUAUAAGGAGAAUCAGGUGGAUGUGCUGUGCCCACCACGUUGCGAUUACACCCAGCUCUCGGUCUGGGGAUCUGGAGUGUAUGCCUCAGUCUCCAGUAUCUGCGCAGCUGCAGUUCACAGUGGUGUGAUUAACACUCUGGGAGGAGGUGUUCGUCUUCAGAAACUACGAGGACAGAAAAAUUAUCAAUCCUCUACUGCGAAUGGGAUAAAUUCGUUGCCACUUACUCGAUGGAUGAGCUCCUUUUCAGUCUCCAAAAUUGGAAGGAAAGCGCUCGAAGUAUCUGGACCACCAAAAGCAACAAUUAUCCCAAUGGCUGCAAAACCAACCAAGAAAAAAGCUGCAAAAUCAGGAAAAAAGAAUUCAAAAGUGAACAAGGAGUGCAAAGCUGACAUUGCCUUCCUGCUUGAUGGGAGCUGGAAUCUCGGUAAACGCAGAUUUGACCUUCAGAAGAAUUUUGUCAUUAGAGUCACCAACAUGCUUGGUAUUGGACCACAAGGACCACUUGUUGGCAUUGUACAAGUAAGUGAGAAUCCUAAAACUGAGUUCAACUUGAAAAAUUUCACUAAUUCAAAGGAUGUGGCCUCUGCAAUCAAAAAUGUGACUUACAGAGGAGGUAGCACCAAUGUUGGUAAAGCUCUAAUUCACACAACGGAAAGCUUUUUCACUCCUGAAAAGGGUACGCGAUCUGGGUACCCAAAGGUCAUAGUUGUUGUGGUGGAUGGAUGGCCCUCAGAUGAAAUUGAAAGAGCAGCAAAUCUGGCCAGAGAAUCUGGCAUGAAUGUUUUCAUUGUCUCAGUUGCAAAAGCACUCCCAGAAGAGCAAAAGAUGGUUUCAGACCCCAACUACAUGGAAAAGAUUGUUUGCAAAAACAAUGGACUGUUUUCCUAUUCUAUUCAAAACUGGUUUGGCAUGUAUAAGUUUAUAAAACCUUUAGCACAAAGACUGUGUUCCUACAGCCAGAUGACAUGCAGUAGAACUUGUUACAAUUCAAUAAACCUUGGCUUUCUUAUCGAUGGAUCCAGCAGUGUUGGGGACAACAACUUUCGCAUUGUUCUGAACUUCAUCUCAGAAAUUGUGAAAUCCUUUGACAUUCAUCAGAUUGGUGCAAGAGUUGGUGCUGUACAGUUCACGUAUAAUCAAAGAACUGAAUUUGAUUUUGGUCAACAUUUAACAAAGGAUUCAGUGCAAAAUGCUAUCAAGAAUAUCCCUUACUGGAGUGGUGGCACAGCCACUGGGGAAGCAAUUACUUACACCUCAAAGAAUUUGUUUGGGAAAUUGAAGAAUAGCAACCUGAAUGUGCUGAUCGUCAUCACUGAUGGCCAAUCUUAUGAUGAUGUUGAGGUUCCAGCAACAGUGGCACAUCAAUCAGGUACAGUCAUAUUUUCAGUUGGAAUUUCGUGGGCAAUGGAACAGGAACUCAAAGCAAUGGCUUCUGAACCCAAAGAUGCACAUACUUUCUUUGUGAGAGAUUUCCCAAUGGUCAACAAGCUUGUGCCUGAUAUCCUGAAAGGCAUCUGCAAAGAUUAUUCCGCAGUAGCAAACUGAUCCAACAGCUACCAUGUGCCUUGAUAUUCAAAGGCAAUGAACUGAUUCUUGUCAACAAUACUAACAAACAUGCUAGUGCAAUAUUUUGUAGAAAUAUAGGCCUGGAUAUUAAUAUCUGGUACUGCAUGUGCUAUUUCUCCUACUUCACAAAUUAUUCAAAAUAAAAUCAGGAAUAUUAAGGUUUAAUUACAUGAGAACAUGCAAGAAGAAAUGCCUUUAUAAUCAGAGCUUGUGUUGUGAUAGACAAUGUACUGCAUGUUUGAGACAAAUGAUGGUACUGUUUCAGUGAGAAAGUGUUCAAAAGUGUGUUGUCAUUUGAUUUCAGUUACAAGUAACUUCAGUUAAAGGUUCUGAACAUAAAAUGACUGGUUUAAAAUGUAUUUAAUGUGUCCUUUUUGUCUGAAUGUUGUCUAAGCCAAUUUACAGUUUGAAAUAAAUAU